AAGAAUAUGUAUUUAGCCCGAUUUCUAGAAAAGAAUCAUAUGAUCACAAUACGAUAAUGGUUACAAAGGAAUCAGAUUCCAUCUCAAUACUCAAAAUCUAUAUAUAUCCAACUCCCAACCACAUGCAACUUCAUCAAACAAUGGAGAGUUUUGAAAUGAAGGGGAAGCGCCAUCAUAAACACAAACGGCAUCUACACAGGCAACCCGACGCCUACGAGCUCUAUGAGCUCGAGCACAUGCCGCACGAGCUCACAAAGGCUCCAAGUGAUCGUGAUCGUGAUCGUCACAUAUUUGUAUCCGCUGAUUAUUACGAGACAGGAAUAGAGGAGAAACCCAAUUAUUAUGUGUCGGGGAGAAACGUGCAGCACUCAGCUUAUAAGGGAGAUUGCGAAGGAGAUGUUGAUUGCAUGGCUCACAAGUUCAUUGAGUCGGAGCACGACAAGUUUCAGCAAACCAAAUGGAUGUCAAUCAACAAGUAGAAUCCCAUCAGGCUGGGACAUCACCUACCUAACUAUUUAUUGAUUUUCUCAAUUAAUAAUCAAAUUAUAUGGUAAUUGUAUGUGUUUGCCUUGUCGUUGAGGUUUGACGGCCUACUAUAAGCCAGUAAAUAAAUUAGUUAGUCAAUCCUAGCAUUCCAUACAAAAUUCCAAGUUAUAUUUUCAAUCAUUUACAUAAUAGGAUACAUAUAUAUUAUGAUAUGAUUGUGCUUUUAUAUGAUUAAUUAUGUUACUAAUAGUAAAAGUUCAAGUGUGCAUGUUUGGCACGCUAGCUGUUUCAGAUUGUAGUUUUUCUCAAAGGAAUCCAAAUUGCACCAAAGUUUUUGUGAAUAAAAAAUUAUCGCAAUUGAAAGAGAUGUAAACCAACCUAAAAUAUCGUGGGAUAUUUAAUUAAAUCACGUCAUAUUCAAACCAAUCAAAAUCGUUUCCAUCAAGACAACAAAAUUAUUGAUAUCAUAGUUCAACCCGAGAUCCAACUUAAAUUUACGAUUCGGUGCCAUGAAAUCGCCAUUUCGAUUUACAAUCACAAAUAUAUAUUUCGGUGAGAGAGAGAGAGAGAGAGUGAGAAGUCGAGUUGUAUAUACAAAUGAAGAUUCUGUAUUGAUAAAAUUCAAAUCUCCACCAACACGUACAGCACAAAGAAGAUGCGUUUGAAAUCGUGUAUAUAUAUAAUGUAGAGAGUGAAAGAAGAGUAGCUAGAGCUAGCUGAGAUCUCCUGUAUGAUCAUAUCUCACCUAAAUUAAUUUGAAAUUGUGUUUGAAGUAAUAUUACAAAAUGGAACGGCAAAGUGGGCAAGUAAUGUGUUGGUUGUCGAACCACUUAUCGAGACAAGGUUUGUGGAAGAAAUGCUUGCAAGAAAGCUCACUCACUUCCUCCUCCGCCUCAAAUUUACACAAACACACACAGCACUCCACCGCCUCUCUACAUAGACAACCGUAGCGCGUGAUCGACACCCUCCUCGCCUCCUCCGCCGCGCCGCCGCCGCCCACCGCUUGCAGCACUGAUCUCAGCUUGUUCUUCACCAGAGCCACCGACAUCACCGUGUUCAUCACUAGCAGCGGCAGCACCCCUUCCGCUGGGCUAGGAAAAUUCGACAGCCCCAUGUCUAAAUAUAUUAGUGUUAAUUAUUUCCAAAUUUGAAACUCAAUGGGAGUUGGUAUUCUUUUACAAAUGGCAGCACACUCAGAAAUUGUGAAC